GUUUUACCCAUAGUGUGUGCGCGCGCAGGGAAUCCUUGGAGCCCGCGCGUUGUCGUCGCUGCUCUCUGUUUAGUUGCAUACAGUGUAGAGCUUGGCCCGCACGUAAGCGUACAAAAUGUCGCUUGAAAUUAUAAAUUUCGUUAAAAGCCACCCAAUUUUAUACGACACCACUAACCCGGACUACAGAAAAAUACGAGAAAGAGAAAAAGUAUGGGAGGUACUAGCAAAAGAUACCUUCGAAAGUGUUGAUAAAGUAAAGAAAAAAUGGAAAAAUCUCAGGGAUUGCUACCACCGAUAUUUAAAAACCUUGCAUGGCAUUAAUGAUAUCAAUUCCAGUCGACCUGGGCCAAUGACAUUUAAAUGGGCAAAUAAAAUGGAAUUUUGUAAACCAUUUUUGGAAAUGAACAUUGAAAAGGCUGAAGAGGUUUCCUCUAAAAGCGACAACUCAAACUACAGUGAAGAAUCGACUUUUAACUUUACAAUUAACAAUACCAAAAAACGCAAAAGAAGUGAUAACGAUUCCUUUGGUAAUCUUUUCCACAACACGUUAGAUGCUACCGAUUUAAUAUUUUUAGGGUAUUCGCACACAAUUAAAACUUUUUCACCCACACGACAAAUUAAUCUUAAGUUAAAAAUUGCCCAAAUUAUAAUGGAAGAAGAAUUAAAACAGCUUGAAGAAACGGGUAUGGCAGAUUUAGCCCCUUGUCCAAUUGUCAAGGAAGAAUAUGAGGAACCAUGUAAUAUUUAAGUAUGUUUGUUGUUUAUUUUAAAUUUCUCUGUGUUAUAAUAUAUUUUUAUAAAUAAAUAUUUAUAUAUAA